UAAGGCUCCCCCGCCGCAGCGGCGGCUUUUGCGUCGUUACUGGGCCCGGUCCCCGGCCCGUUAAGCGGCGCCACGUUCCUACUUUCCCUGGCCGCGCCGGCGGCCUCUGCGCCUGCGUGAACCCCGCUGGGCCCCACCCAUCGGAUUUUUAGCACUGUAUGUUAUAGAAUCUACUGCAUAUACUCAUCUUCUCAGUGGAUCGGUAGGAAGAAGGGACAGUAGUUUUGGCUGAUGGCUGUUCCUGGAAAGGCAGCUGCUUUCCGUCUGCCACCUCUCCCAACUAUUCGAGAGAUUAUUAAACUCUUCCGCCUCCGAGCACAGAAGCAGCUUUCUCAGAACUUCCUGUUGGAUUUGCAAUUGACGGAUAAGAUAGUGAGACAAGCUGGCGAGCUGACAAAUGCCCAUGUGUGUGAAGUGGGCCCUGGGCCAGGAGGGAUUACCAGGUCUAUCCUCAAUACUGAUGUUGCACAACUCCUUUUAGUUGAAAAAGAUGCUCGAUUUAUUCCAGGAUUGCAGAUGCUCUCUGAAGCAGCUCCAGGAAAAGUGCGUAUUGUUCAUGGAGAUAUUCUUACCUAUAAGAUGGAGAAAGCUUUUCCAAAGUACUUAAAAAAGAAGUGGGAGGAUGAACCACCAAACAUACAUAUCGUUGGAAAUCUACCCUUCAGUGUUUCAACUCCUCUGAUCAUCAAAUGGCUUGAAAAUGUUUCCAAUAGAGAUGGACCUUUUUUUUAUGGCAGGACACAGAUGACAUUGACUUUUCAGAAGGAAGUUGGGGAGAGGCUCACAGCUAAGACAGGCGGUAAACAGCGCAGCAGACUGUCCAUCAUGGCUCAACAUCUCUGCUCUGUUGAAAACUGUUUCGUAAUUCCAGGUCAAGCCUUCGUUCCACAGCCGGAGGUGGAUGUGGCUGUGGUGCAUUUCACUCCUUUGGUGCAACCGAAGAUACAACAGCCUUUUAAGCUAGUAGAAAAAGUCGUUCAGAGUGCUUUCCAGUUUAGAAGAAAAUAUUGCUGCCGUGGAAUUGGGAUUUUGUUUCCUGAAAGUGAACGCUUGAAAAAAACAGAACAGCUGAUGAUGGAAGCAGAUGUGGAUCCAACUUUGCGUCCUUUUCAGCUCUCCAUGUCACACUUCAGUAAUCUGUGCAACGUCUACAGGAAAAUGUGUGAUGAAGACCCAAACCUUUUCACAUACAAUUACAGAGAAGAACUAAGGCAGAAGAAAAGACUACCUAAAAAUACCAGUCACUCAGAAGAGAUUGAAGAGGAGGAAGAGGAGGACGAAGACAAGAAGAAUCAGCUCUAACAGCUGUGAUUUCAGCAGCCUUUUUUUCUUUUAAAGUCCUUGAUCUAGAGGUGUUGAUUGAGUAAAAGAGGAUUUAUAUAUAUAUAUAUA